CGUUCCAUUCAUCCAUCCGUACCAUCUGUCCAUAGAGCUGUGCUCUAGUCUUUCGUUUAUUCUUUUCUCUUCCCCUCACUUUCUUUUGAUAUAAAACCCUCAAAUCCAUACAGAUUUACCUGUCUCCGAAAAUGAAGGCCGCUAUCGCUCUCAGUCUCAUCACCGCCGCUCUGGCAGCGCCCACCAAGACCGUUGAAUCGCGUCAACUCCCCGGCCUGGGAGGUUCCAGCUCGUCCAGCAGCGGCGGCCUGAGUGGCCUCUCCUCUCUCAUUCCCUCCGGCCUCGCCGGCGGCGGCAGCAGCGGUAGCAGCAGCGGAGGCCUGCCUGAUCUCAGCAAGCUCCUCGGCGGCGGUAGCAGCAGUGGCAGCAGCAGCGGAGGCCUGCCGGACCUCAGCAGCCUGCUGGGCGGCGGCUCGAGCUCGUCGGAUUCCUCGGACUCGUCGGACUCCUCGUCGAGCUCUGGCUCUGACUCCAGCUCUGACUCGAGCUCGGGCUCCGACUCCAGCUCCAGCUCCAGCGGAGGUCUCCCUGACAUUGGCAGCCUGCUGGGCGGCGGAAGUGGAGGCUCGAUGACCGAGAACGACGUCGCCCAAAACAAGGGCUGCAAGGAGCUCACCUUCAUCUUUGCCCGCGGCACCACCGAGAUGGGCAACAUGGGCUCCGUCGUCGGCCCCCCCGUCGCUAAGAACCUGAACUCCCUGACCGGCAACCAGUGCGCCGUCCAGGGUGUUGACUACCCUGCUGAUGCUGCGGGUAACGCGAUGAUGGGCGCCUCCGGCGGUCCCAAGAUGGCCGAGAUGGUGCAGAAGGCGCUCAAGCAGUGCCCGAAGACGAAGGUGGUGCUGGGCGGAUACUCACAGGGUUCGAUGGUGGUUCACAACGCGGCCAGCAAGCUCUCCGAGGGCCAGAUCGCCGCCGCCGUGCUCUUCGGCGACCCCUUCAAGAUGCAGGCUGUCGGCAAGCUCGACAAGUCCAAGACCAAGGAGUUCUGUGCCUCGGGUGACCCUGUCUGCGAGAACGGGUUCAACGUCAUGGCGCACUUGUCGUACGGUGGUCAGGCGAAGGAGGCGGCUCAGUUCUUGGUCCAGGCUGCGGGUGUUGGUUCUUCUUAAACCUUUUUUCCUUCUCUUUCUUGAUCUUGUGGAGUUGAGGAGGGGGGCUUGGUUGCUCUCUUGGUCUUGGCUCUGGAUAUGUGGGAAGUCAGUCGUUCAUUUGGCAUGAUUUGGAUGGAUACGGACAUGGAUAACCUAUGGAUGGAUGGAAUAUCUGGACAAGAUAGCGCUGGACGCGAACCAACCAUCUGGC